AUGACUGAUUUGACACCAUUUAGUAUUGUUUCACCAACAUCUUCUCCAAAUUUUGAUACAUUAGAUCAAUCAUUUAUGUAUAUGCAAUUGCUCAAAGAAAUUAUUUUUGACAUGAAAUAUGAUCACAAUGUAAGACAAGAAUUUACUGAUUUCUACCUCAAAUCCUUUUUUGAUCAAGAUUUUCAGUCAAAGGCAUUACGUCAAUUUGAGCAAUGUUACGAACUUCAUUCACCUAUCUGGUGGUACACAAAAGAACACUUUAUAUAUUCUACACUUAACAAAGCUUUAAGAAUUCAAGAUAGUGAAACGAUCACAAAAAUGGGAUUUUUUAUUUAA